AUGGAAGUGAAUUCCAACAACAGUGAGUAUAUCUACACUGGAGUUUGGACCGAUUGGUCGCAUGGCCGCAUCCAUGGAGCAACCAUCACCCUCAGUGCCCAGAACGCCGGGUUUUUGACGGCCUUCCUGGCCUUGUUCGUGAGCAUCUCGGCUGGCCAUCUGUGGCGGAUUAUCAGCUUCGUCGUACACCAGCUUCACUCAUCUCAGAAGCCUAAAGACGCAUUGCACCACCAGCAACAAGUUGUCUUCAAGAACACCACCUCUCCAGCCUCGCUGAUUUGGGAGUUUACCCUUCUCGCAUGGGCAUGGCGCGGGAGGGCCCAGCAACCUAUUCUUCGCAAUCUCCUCUACAUUGUCCUGGCUAUCAUCUGGCUAGUGAUCACUGGCAGCGCCGCUAUCCUCUCUGCUAAAAUUACCAAGCCAGCCGGCUCGCACUGCCUGAUAAUGAGUCCUCAUUGCGGGAUCUAUAUGGCUGGCGGCGCACAAUCCAACACCAGUGACCCCAAUCAACUAGACACAUUUGACGCCACCCAGCUACUAGAAACGAACACCGCGACGUCCUAUGCACGAGACUGCUACGAGCCUGAUGCCGACAGACUCCCACAGUGUAACAGCUACGCCCAGCCUCGUCUCGCCUUGCACACCACAACCAACGCCUCCUGCCCGUUCCAGAGUGGCAUGUGUCUGGAAGGAGACACCGCGGCAUUUGCGAUGGAUACAGGUCUUCUCGAUAGUCGAGACGACCUCGGCAUUAACACCCCGGACGACGAUCGAUUGUUCUUCCGCAAAUUCGUGAGCUGUGCGCCCUUGACCAGGGCCGGAUAUGUCACUGUUCAUAAUGAAACGAACCCAUUGCCCGGCCUCCCAUACUCAGACUACUUAGACUACUGGGUGGCUGCAUACCAUUAUGGACCGGCAUUUACCGGCAACGGGACCCAGAACUACACUUACUACUAUGACACCGUGACGUGGCGCGCCCAGCUGGGGUAUAAAGUCGAGGCUUCCUGGGCCACCGCAGGAUCGGCGGGGCUCUGGACGCCGCGCGAAGAGCUCAACCGCACCGACGCAGACGUUUCCAUCUUCUUCCUCAAUUCCAACAGCGUUACGUACGAGUAUCCCACCGAUGACCCGAUGUUUAGCGCGCACCAGUCGGCACUCAGCGAUCUCACCACGUACGGGGGCAACACAUCCAUCGCCGAAUUUGACAACUGGUACACCGCAGACGCCGUCACGACCGUCCUCGGAUGCACAGACCAGUUCCAGUUCUGCAAUGCGCGGACAGAGGGCUGCUCCGAGCUGCAGGGUAUCCAAGCAUACGUUGGUGUGGACAAAUUGCUGGCCUUCGCUGAAACCUACAACCUCAGCCUGUUACAGACCGACAUCUUCGGACUGCUCAUAAACUACCUUUCGGUGAACAAUAUACACAACAGUAUCUACGGGCGGCCGUCGUACGCGUUGCGCGCCCAAGAGACCCUGUCUGGACUGAGCCAGACUGCACAGCUGCCGAGCAAUCAGUGGCAAAUCGAGGUGCAAUCGUGGGUCGAGACCAACCUGGCCAGCCUGCAGGAGCGCAGCGUGCAGUUUGCUACUGGGCCUCGCGGCUCCCGUGAGGGAAAACAUCGACUGGCGCUGACGGACCAGACGCCCCUGUGUAAGGCGCAGAAGGUGCGCUGCCCCGCCGGGAGGGCAUCUUUCUCUGUCCUGGGAAUUGCCUGUCUUCUUGCAGUGGGCGGCUUCAUUGUCCUGUUUAAUGUGGCACUGGAACCUAUCAUGGCCCGUGUUGGUUCCAAGUGGUUCCCAGGUAGUGCAUACCGGCGCCUGAGCUGGGCGCUGGACGAUAAGCUGCAGCUUCAGCGCAUGGCGUUUGAAGGGGCUCGAGUCGGCCAUUGGCAUGGGUAUACUGCAGCUGUGCCGGUUACCGAUAAGGGAGAAAUGUUUCGUGCGUGGGCUGAUGCUCCUGAUGAAUAUCCAGCGGUGGAGAAGAGGAAUAAUCUCGACACAUCGGACGACCGCGCUAGUCCUUUAAUGGGCGAAGAAGUUUGA